AUGGCCGGUGCCCCCGAGUCGCCCGAUACAGCCCCACCACCUGUUGACGUCCACGACGCGACCGCGGAUAAUACCUUGACACCUGAUACUGGAGAGAAAAAAGACAAGCCCCGGGACAGCAAGGGCUGGGAUGGGAAGCUGAGAUUGAAUAAAUCCACUUCGGGAGACGAAUCCCCUGUUGCGCGUUUGAAAAGCGACACGGAAGGCGAAUCAGAAGACGAUGGCCCGCCUCCAGAUCAACUAGCCGCGGACGAAGACCUGCUGGACGAUGUACCGGCAGAUGAGGAUGAGAUUGACCUGGUUCAUCUUCGAAUAUCGAGCAUUCCUGCACUCAAGUUAGAGCGGUUCGAGAAGCUCAGGCGUCUCUGUCUCCGUCAGAACCAAAUACAAGAUGUGGAAUUACCGGACCAGUUUGCGCCCACUCUAACAGAGCUGGAUCUAUACGAUAACCUGAUAUCGCAUAUUCGUGGACUCGACGCUUUCACGCAGCUCGAGAUCUUGGACUUUUCUUUCAAUAAGAUCAAGCACAUCAAGCGUAUCGGACAUCUCACCAAAUUGAGGGACUUGUUCUUUGUACAGAACAAAAUAAGUACAAUCGAAAACUUGGAAGGUCUCACCAAUCUGCGGCAAAUUGAACUCGGCGCGAAUCGGAUAAGGGAAAUUCAAAACCUCGAUACGCUGACAGGCCUGGAACAGCUGUGGCUCGGCAAGAAUAAAAUCACAGAGCUCAAGGGCCUUUCGAACCUGACCAAUCUGAAGAUUCUCUCAAUACAAUCCAAUCGUUUAACGUCCAUGUCCGGUAUAUCGGGGCUCACCUCCCUUGAAGAAUUAUACGUUUCCCACAAUGCCAUCACCGAUACAACAGGUCUUGAGAACAACGCGAACCUUCAGAUCAUUGAUAUUUCUUCGAAUCCAAUCGAACAUCUCACUAACAUCAAGCACCUGUCAAAACUAGAAGAGUUCUGGGCGAGCAACUGCAAGCUGGGUAGCUUCGAAGAAAUCGAGCAGGAACUGGGUCCGUUGAAGGAGUUGCAGACGGUCUAUUUCGAAGGAAACCCGUUGCAGAGAAGACAGCCAGCCCUAUACAGAAACAAGGUGAAAUUGGCAGUGCCACAUGUUAAGCAGAUAGACGCAACAUUUGUGAGAGCAACGUGA